AUUGUAGUUUUACGCAAAGAAUGUUCUCUAAACGAAUUGGAACGCAGCCUGAUCGGGUUCGAAGCGUCCAAACAGGAAGUUUCACAACUUCCAGCUGCAAGCUAGUUAGUUAGCCCUGCGAGCCGCGGCUGCUGAGAGGACUGCCGCGUAACAUGAAGUUAUGGAGGAGCGGAAGCUAAAGCGCAAAAGUCCCCGGACCUUCAGCAACACAGCGGCUCAGACCGGAGGCUCAGGCCGGAAGAGCGGCGCUUCCUCCGGGGGAAGACAUGUGGGCUUCAGCCACAACAUGGGGAGCAUGUCCGGCCAAAAAAAUAGGAACAGGAGAGGAGUGAGAGAUAAAGUGAGAAAUCCACAGAGUUUGGGAGGUAAACAUAAUCAGAACCAGGGCCAGGCAGCACCUAUCAUCCAGCACUCAUUUCUGACCGACGUUUCAGAUGUGCAGGAGAUGGAACACGGUCUGCUCAGCCUCCUCAACGACUUCCACUCAGGGAAACUACAGGCCUUUGGCAAUGAGUGCUCCAUAGAUCAGAUGGAACACGUCAGAGAGAUGCAGGAGAAGUUGGCAUGCUUGCACUUUGACCUUUAUAGUGAGGUUGACGAAAUGCCAGAGGAUCAGCGGAAAAUGGCCUCCGACACCAACAUGGACAAGCUACUUCUUAAUCUUGAGGAGCUCAGUUCUUCCAUCCAGAAGCUGAAUCUAGCGGAGACUCAAGAAAUCUCGAGGACGGCCAACGUGUGAUACUUAACCGUCCUUCUUUUCCUUUGUUACCUCUUCUGAAACCACGUGUAGGCAAUCUAACGGACAAGGUGGAGUUACUCACUCCUUCUCGUCUUUUCCUGAGGUUGAAUGUAUUUUCACAUUAGCUCCACUGGAUCCACCAGGUGCCAAUCAACAUGGCAUUAACACUGCUGUUAGUCUUAUGAUAAAGAUAAGGUAGUUGUGUUUGAUAUUUAUUUUAUAAGAAUUGUAAAAGAGUUGGGUUGAGGUUUAGGUUGAAGAGAUCUUUGAGAGGUUUGUUAUAUUUUCCAUAAAGUGUAAAAUAUAAUGGUGCAUCCUGUCAUUUAUUAAGCAACAGCAUAGAUGUGAUUAACCAAAGUGAGAAUAUUCAUAGCUAAAAUGCAUGUUAGAAAUUUUUCUGAUGCGAUCUCAUUUGAUACCCACCAGAUUCUUACUGUUUAAUUUAUAAACACAGAAAACUGUUCAUUUACAGCUUGUAAGUAGAACAGAGACAGGUAGAUAUAUAAAGGUAAAUAUGGCUGAACUAAAAUGCUAUGUGUGCAGCCAUGCAGGGUUCUCCUCCUGCACACCCUCCCAUUUGCACAUUUGAUGAAACAUACGAAAUGCACAGCACAUCGUCACCAGUGGGUUGGUUUGAUGCUGUAAAAAAUCCAAAUGUUAACAUCACAUGUCUUAAUUGUCUUAAUUUUUCUUUCUUAAUUUAAUCACAUUUGCCUUAUUGAUUCAGAACUUUUAAAUGAUUAUUCAGUCUCUGAUACUUUUGGCUUCUGGUUCUGAAUUGGAGGAUAAACCAAUGAUGCUGAUUUUAAAUGGAAUCUAUUCUUAAAUCUAACCACUAGAGGGGGGUGUUUUUACCUUUAAUCCUUUUGCUUUAUUUUAUUUUGUUAAUUUAAUGUAUUUGAUUUUCUCGGCUGUAUUUUUCUCACUCAUUCAAAGUAAGAAAAAAAUGUUUUUACUUUUUUUUCAACAUUAUUGCAAAUAAAGAUCUUUUAAAAUAA